CAACAUCUUGAGCUUGGCCUAUUUUAAACGUCCAGAGUUUUCGUCCUCUCAUUUCCACUUCCACAACCACCAACCAACCAAUCAUCCUUACAAAAAAUCCCUUCAACAUGUCUGACAGCAAGCAAAUGAGUCAGCAAGAGGUCUCCGCCGAGUUCACUUCCUACUACCUCCAGCGAGCAACCAAGGAGUUUGCCGAAGAUUUGGACAAGGUGCGCACGGCUGACGACUUUAAAAACGAUGCGAUCCACUUGCUCGUAAACGCGCUACAGCAGGGUACUGCGCUUUUCUCUCCCGAAGAGCAGAGGAGGAUAGUCGAGUCUGGGGCAGAGAGGAAGUGAUGAGGACGAGCGACGCAAGUUUUGAAGGGGAAGGAUCACGGAGGCUCAGAGAAGUCGGAGGUUACAUUUUGCGUGAUCGCAGCAAGAUCCGAAGAUGGGAGGUCGUCUCUCGAUAGCGGGCAUCGAGCAGAGCAGUCCAUCGGUCCAAAGGCUUCG